AUGCCAAGCGUCGCUGCGAAAGAGUACACUACCGUGGCCCCUGUCCGCCGCUCUGCGCGCCUCGCUGCCACCAUGGAGCAUGACAACAACAACGUCUCUCCCGUGACACCCAGUCCUCCGCCGGGAGGCAACCACCCUACCAGUCUGGCCACUGGAGAUGCCUCUGGCAGUUGCAGGAAGCGCCGCCGUUCCGCCUCGUCUGAAGACAGCCAGCGGGCAAAGCAGCCACGCAUCGAGGCCGAAGACGUCGCCGACCAAUUCCUCGCCCGAAUGGAGCAUCACCGGCGAGCGACGCAGGACCUUGAGGCGCACCUCGACAGCGUCCUCCUGUGCGUGGGCGAGGGGGCGCAGCCAGCCGGGACAACCAUCGACGCGGCCCGGGCCGUGGUGGAGCAGAUUUUUGCUCGUGUCGAGCAUCACAGGCAAGCGGUGACGGAGCUCGAGGGGCUCCUCGACAACGUGUUUCUGUGCGCGGGCGGCGCUCCCCCUCGCCCGUCCCCGUUCCCAUCCCCGCCGCCGCCGCCGCCGAACACGGAGCUCACCGUCCGCGCCGCGGAGGGCUCCACCAUCAUGCGGCGGAUGCACCUCGCCUCGCGCGCCGGCGCGCCGUCCUUGUCUCGGACGAACCUCCGGCUGAGGAUCAGGGUGGACGGCUGGCAACGCCUCUACCGGGAGGCGUACCUGCACUCGCGGGACCUCGACGCGACAGAGGUGGAUCCAUCGCCCUCGCCUCCGCCACCUUCCCCGGGCCUGAAGGCCGAGCCGGACGAAAUCAAAACAAAGCGUGAGCCGGACGAGGUGGAUGAGGUCAAGGUCAAGCAGGAGCCGGCCGAGCAGGACGACGUCAAAAUCAAGCGGGAGCUGGCUGAGGAAGAGGGCGUCAAACUUAAGCGUGAUCCGGAUGAGAAAGACGAGGUCAAAAUUAAGCAGGAGGCGGACGAGGACGACGACGUCACGAUUAUGCUGGAGCCGGAUGUUUCGUCUCUGCUCGCUUCGCUGCCGGCCAUGCCGGCAGACCACUGCGUUGCUCGAGAUGCCAGCGCCGAUGACUUGGAUGCGCAGGCACUGCUCGCGGAAUUCGAUCUCCCGCAGGUCCGGGCCAAUUGGGAGGAAGGGCAGGGUUGGAUGCGUCUGGACGUAUUUGUGGGCUGCGGUCGGUUUGAGGGGUAUCUGAAGCUACUCGCUGAGUGGCUUGUAUUCUGGGAGGAUCAUGUCAAGGAGUACUGCUGA